AUGGCGGGUAGCCGAUCCUCUGGAGCAAGGGCGACGUCCCAUCUGCCGUUUGAGAUAGCCAUUGAAAUCCUAUCGAGGUUGCCAGUAAAAUCCCUCUUGCGAUUCAAGUCCGUAUGCAAAACGUGGUAUGAUCUCAUCAAAACCCCUGAUUUCAUCUCCAAACAUCUUCAAACCCAAUCCGCUCUCAACUUCACCUCCCUUCUCGUAACCACUUACAAUUGCAAAACCGAAAACCAUGCAGUGUCCUUAAUUUUCAACGACGGCCCUAUCAUUCUCGAUUUCCCAUUUUUUAGUAGGGGGAAAUUUACUCUUCCGGGUUGGGAGUAUACUGGGAGAAGUUAUUUUUCUAUUGGGGGUAUCUGUAAUGGUUUGGUUUGCAUAAAUUUAACUCACUUUGGAUAUCCCUUGGUCCUAUGCAAUCCCUCCACCAGACAGUUUCGGGAACUUCCGACUUCCAAAUGGCCGUGGUUGGAUGAUCAUGUACAUGUUAAGCGGGUUAGUUUUGGGUUUGGCUUCCAUCAUAGUGCUAAUGAUUACAAGUUGAUUAGGAUUGUUCUUUAUUCUAGUCCAAUGGAGGAAGCCUGUAUCCAAGCUGAUCUUUAUGUGAUGAGUACCUGUACUUGGAGAGAAAUCGAUGCGGAUAAGGUUUCGGUGUUCCUUGGGGAGAGGAAUAAUUUAGGGAGGUUUGGUAGCUACGUGAAAAUGGGUGGAUCUUGUGCUUCAGCAGUCUUGAAUGGAGUUUUCUAUUGGCCAGCGUGUGUAAUGUCAACUAAUGAAGUGAUUGUUAUGUCCUUCGACAUGGGUGAUGAGGUGUUUAGAAGAAUAAGAAUGCCAGUGUGUUUGGAUGGGAUACGGGAUGAAACUAACUGGUGGAUUACAGAAUUGAAGGAUAAACUUGCUCUGGUUAUUCAUCCUGAUGACACACGCUUUGAUGUGUGGAUGUUGAAUGAAGACCAGAGUUCUUGGACUAACCAGUUUAAAGUUGGAUGUUUUCCGAGGAUUGGACGUUAUGUGGGAUUUGAUGAAAUCACAGUGGUGGGAGGUUCAAAAAAUGGUGAAUUGGUGGUGACAGACCAUAAAUUAUCUGGUGAUUUAAAGUUGUUUUCAUAUGAUCCGAAGACCCGGAAAACUAUGGAUCUUUAUUUUGGUCAGGUUCCGUAUCCUUCUGAUAUUUACUUGUAUACGGGGACCCUGAUUCCACUUCCAGACAUGGAAACCAAUGAAGUCGUGCUCAACAAGAAGAACAACAUAAAGGAAGCAGUGAUGGAACUGACUCAGGUGUGA